AUGCAGGCACACGAGGGUGUGGAGGAAAGGCUUUUGGCGCUUCUUUACGAUGACGACACGGAGCACGACACACAGGUGCGUAGAGGGCGGGACCUCGAGGUGGCGUUUGCGGCGGCGCUUUUUGACAUCAUCGGUGCCUCUGAACGGGCGAGCCGAGCGGAGAUGCUUGCAUGCAUCCGCCGUUCUGUGAAUUGCUUCAUCGAGGCCCCAAUACCCGCUCCGCUGGAGAUCUUCUUCUUGCGUGUGGCGGCGAUGCUGCACUGCUACAGUGUCGUCUCUUCGGAAAAACUUUGUUCGUCAUCGCUUCCGGCGGGGACGAAGACGGCUGCGAUGGCCAUCGCCGGCGCCUUCUUCUCGCGACGGCUGCGUGCGGCGUGUGUGGAGCCAGAUAAGGAAGCUGAGGGUAAUAAUAAUGAUAAUACCAAUAAGAGUGCUGGGUCUGAGGCAGGGGAGGCGGACGCGCUGCUGCAGGGACUAAAUUCCUUGUGGUUUUGCUUUCUCUGCGUAUUUCUUCAGCAGCUCUCAGCGAAAGGUGGCGACUUUACGGCGUGGCAGCAGUUUUUUCGCCACUGUGCAGCGCAGCAGCAGACAACAACAGUGACAGACCCCACCACGCACGCAUGUACCCAAAAAGCAGAGGACGGCGGGGAUAGUGUGGGGGACUCCAGGACAGAGCAGCUUGCUCUGGCAGCCUGGGGCGCGGUGUCAGAGGAGACAUUCAAAGCCACAGUUGCCAGGACGCGGUUUCGUCGCACAGCGAUUCUCUGCAAGUCGUUUUGCCUGCACCUCGUCGCCCAGGCGCCCGGAACAACGUACCAGUUGCUGCACACCCUGCGCAGCUUCAUGUCAGAGUGGGCGAGGCUGAAAAAGGAAUCGUGCGGCGAAAACGCGGUAAAUGGGGAGGAACUCAUUGUGGGGCGGUACAGCGAACAACUGGGGAGGCUGCUCGGGGAGGGCCAGGUGCACAGCUUCCUGUUGAGCACCGCAAUUGGCGCAGUGCUGAGCUCCACGUACAUUCUCUCAAAUCGAGGUAUUCGAGGGGGGGAGACAACACGGUGGCAUUUGACGCGUGCAGAUACGGCAUGGGAAUCUGAAACGCAUUGGCGUCAGACACACUUUCCGCCCAUUGGUAGGCUGCUCGAACGUCUACAUAUUCGCGAAUUCAUUGGGGUACAUCUCUUCACCUUCUGCAUGCAGCUGUGCAUUGGGCUUUCCCCAACACAUCAUACGGAGGGGCGGCAAAAGUUGGCCAUCUAUUUUUAUCUGACAGACGUCUGCUCAUUGCGUGUUGCGCUCGCCAUUUAUCACUUCGCCGCCUCGCAGCUCCCCCAAAGCACACUGGAGGCCGCAGCAAUGGUGUUCCCUGGUGAGGGUCUCGCCUCUCUUACGGCGGCCGUCGACGAGUACGUGCAGAAAGCGUACAGUGAGCUCAUUUUUUCUGCCGUGGAUGCAGGCAGCACACGUCGGCGUCAGCGCCAUAGUGCAGCUGCGCUGAAUAAUGGUGGACACUCCAAGGAGGAGGAACGUAUUCCGGUGAACGGGGAAUUGACAGGGCCGCGGUUCUCAAAGAUGGUGUUCCCUGUUCCCAGCCCCAAAUGGGGCCAGUAUCUUGCGGAGGCGACUGCCACGGGAGCUACAACGACACCAAUAGCAUCGGCAGCAACGGCAACAACAACGACGUCUCCAAGCAGAGUCUCUGCGGCUGCGACAGGUGCUUUUGUGAAGCAGGCAGCCUCUGCACAGAGUGUGAUGCCCUGCCGCUUUGCGCUGGAGUUGUGUGAGAUGGGGCUUCCGGGUCUCAUGGCGGAGACCAUCACACAGAUGCGAGCCGAGAUGGGAAUUAACGUCUGCCUGGUUCCCUCAGUCGCUAUGCCAGGCGCAGGUAGUAUUCCUAGAAGAGUUUUGCAGCGGAUUCAGACAUUCCUUUGCAACAAGGAGAAGGUCAAGGAGGCAGAUAGAAACAACAACAAAAACACUUUGGGGCGGUAUGCAUUUUCUGCCCCGCUGCGAGCUCUUGAAGCGUACUUUCCGCUUUUGUCAACCAUUUGCGCCUACGUGGCGUCUCAAGACUUUCUUUGUUCUUUGGUGGAGACCCUCACCGGGGAGUGCGCGCAGCUGCUGAACCUCGUGCAUGCGGGGACAGAGGCGGAGGCGGAAGAGCAGAAGCAGCAGGAGGAGCCACACGACGUCUUAAAUGCGCAGGCGGAAGCAAGGGACUACGCUGUGACAUCUCGCCUCGCGCUGGGAUUGGCGGAACGGUACCUAAUUCGUGUGGUCAUGCCGUGUAUGCGCGUUCUUGCGCCUUCGCCAAUUUUGUAUAGUCGCGUUCAGGUUCUGCUGCUUCUCAUGAAAGAAAAAGGGCCGGUUGUGAAAUUUGGAACAACUUCUGCUGAAUUUCUUCACAUGGACAGUUGGCUACAUUGGCUGCUGCGUCCGUCCUCGGUUUGCUAUCGUGCCCCGCAUGACGCCCUUCGCUCUAAGGAGCUUGAAGCACUUUUUACUCAAUCGCUAAAGCGCAUGACGCAGUCAAACGUGGCUCAUUACAAGAAAGUGUUGCAGCCCGUCAUUUAUGCGAAUCCGCUGCUGGUGGCGGAGAAGUUGUUUCAGCAGGCAGUUGGGUAUGGGAACAACUUUUUGCAGCUUCACACACAGCUGCUUAAGGGGGCUCCAGCGGCCAUCCUCACACUCGUCACCCACGAGGGUCUUUUGAUUAUGCGGCGAUACGCGGAGGCGGAGCGCAUUGGAUCUGCAGAUGCAAAUCGCGUGGGACUCAUCGCAACGUUUCUCUCUGUGCUGUGGCGUGACAACUCGCUCACUUUUGAUGGUGGUGUGUUGCUGCGGGCGGCGGAGUAUGCGCUUCGCAGGGAGGCCCGUGCGUCGAUCGUCUUUGGUUUGGAACUUCUGCAGUCCAUCCUACACGAGAUGCUUGGCUUCACUUUUGAACACGAGGAGCAGUACAGCGUGGCACAGGCAAAGGCGUUCCUUACCCCGUCAACAACACAGUGGUUUGCCAAGGGUGCCGCUGAGUCCUUUCGCCGCGGUCGCUGGGACACCUUUUUCACCCCCGCUCUCUUAGGUGACGCCGCCUCACGUCUUCGCCUUGCCCUGCAGGAGAAGUGUUAUGUGCCGGUGGAGAAGGCGGAGCCGGAGGAGAGGGAAGAGGAAAAAGAAGCCAUGCGGGCAAACAUGCACCAGUCAUCGCAAACACAACAUGAUGAAACCGGUGCUGCUAGCGUAAACUUUACGCUUGGGCAGUGCCUCUUGUUGCACCUCUGUCGCUUGCACAGCAGAAUCUACACUGUGCAAGCGGAUUUGGCGGGGACGAUGCAGCUUGUGCUUCUCACCUGUGCGCGGGACUACAAUGUGAUUAAUGACCUGCUGCUUUGUAUGGAAACACUACUUCCAGUGGGGCCACCAGAGGAUGAAGUCUUCAUGGUUGCCAUGCCACACAUUGCCCUACGCAUCACAGCCCGCUUUGCCGUGAAGGAGGUGCAGCGCAAGGGGUCCAGUGGAAAACCGGUCUCGAGUGUCGAUGCGCUCUUCAAUGUAGCACCGUUUGAUGUUAUGGGCCAUGUGGAAACCGCGGCCUCUGUCAAGACCAUCAAUGGUGUCAUUCCCUUUUCAAUUUUACGAACACUGUCCCACUACACAGCCGCCCACUUUGUGUUUGAUGAAUCUGUGUACAUUGCGGCAUCGAAGGAAGUGAACCAGUUCUACGCUCACGCCACUGCCCUUGUACGAGCAAAUACUAAUGCCGGUAGUGGGCCUGGUAGCGGCGGCGGCGGCGGCGGCGGCAGCAACAGCAACAGCAACAGCAGUGGCAUCGACAAAAACAUCAACAACACUGGAAGCAAGCUGAGCAGCGACCCUUCUAUUCGCUGGCUACAGGAGCAGACGCGGCAAAUACGACUUGAGAAGGAAGCCCAUCAGGCGCUUUAUAAGCAUUGUGAGGGUGCACAAGGGGCGUUACUUGACGAUCUGCGUCGCAGUGGAGUGCUUUUAGAGCCCGUGGCGUUUGCGACCUCCUAUCUGCUUCCACGUGCUCUUCUCAGUCUGGAGGACACGCUGUUUGUGUACCACUUUAUGAAGUGGCUGCUGGACACCAGCAGGACGUCGGGCAGCGAGGGGAGAGUGAGUGAAGACUACAACUGCGUUGUGGACGUUGUGCUUUCGCUAGUCACCGCUAUCAUGACUUUUUUCGUUGGUUUCACAGACGGCGAGUGCAAGCGCGUGGGUUUGUUGCUGGCGCUGCUGCGUGCCGCUUUGCACGACACCGUCGUGGAGGUCCCUUCCCAUCCGUCUGUAAGCGACACUGCCGUAGCACCAACGGCGGGUGGAACCACGGACGUCGCCACGUCUCCUCUGACGCUUACGACGGAGGCACUGAUGGCGCUCCUCGAGCCGAAGCCGCGAACGUUGACAUCCAUUUCUGCCGCACACGCCACGGUGGCAGCAGCUGCUGCCGCCGCCACCGCCGCGCCUGGUAGCGAGGCUCAAGCAGGAGCGAUGUCGCCUGGUGAGAAGGACACGGUUCAGGAGAUGCAGGCCGAAGUCCCUGCAUUCACAACCCAGCUAGACGCCUAUUUGUGUCGUGCGCUCGUGCACAUUCUUCUGCACCAGCGCGAUGUUCCUUUUCUCCACCGCAACGCCUUUCUUGUGUUGGAGCGGCUCACGAAGAACACGCCUGUCUUUCCUUCAACGUUGUGUGCCACGAACUGGCUGAUGCAGGCCAUCACUCCGCACGCCGUGCGGAGUUCCACCUGCUACGCCUCGGCAAUGGCGGUGUUGAAGGUGCUAAAAGACAAUCAACAUCGCAUGAAGGAAACGUUGGACACUUUGGUCACCCAACACCUUACGUCCACGGGCCUAUCGAGGGAGCGGGGUGCGGAGAAAGAGGUCGAAGCAUGGUACCAGCUUUGGAAGACGCGGGAGGCGUAUGCUAGCUCGCUUCUUGUAGAGGACAUUGCAGCUGCUGAGCGACUAUGUGACACGGAUGUAGUUGCUCCCGCUGCCAGCGAUGUGAUGGGCCUUCCGGCUGAGGAAGUUGACGAAGGUGUCUCUGCAGACGCAGAGGAAGUGGGGGAACCACCAGAAGCAGCAGCAGCAGCAGCAGAGGACGAUGAUGCCGAGGAGGAGGACGAGGACGAAGAAGAGGGGGAUUAUGCAAACGGGAUUUCCGUGGAGCAUGCGGAGGAACUGGGUGUUGAGGAGCCACAAGAAGCGCCAGAAGAUGACGAGGUGGCAACUGAUCGCAGCGAGUCACGCAGCUCUUCUUCAACUGAUGGCGGUGAUAAUGCAGGGAGCAACGUCUACAGCCAGCCCCAUGACGAGGAUGCAGUUGAGGAGGAACUACUAGCCACAGGAGUUUGCGUCAACGACGCGGGGCUCUCCGUUAGUAACCGUCUCGCACAGCCUGCUAGAGAAGGCGAGGGUGAUGCGACGGAGCAGGAACGAAAGCGAGGUCGUGACGAGGAGGAGGAGGAGGAUGCCAGUGCGGGCCCGCCGAGGCGGGUGACUCGGCUGGAGCUGCCUACGAAUGCUGAGGGGGGAGGAUACUUAAAUGUCACAGCGAGACAUUUUAAUAUUUCGGUGUGUGUGUGUGUGUUUUUUUUUUUGCUCCUUCGCGAAUGCGUCUCUCUCUUUGUUUCUCUCUGUGUGUGUGCGCGUUUUUUUUGUUUUUGGGGAGGGACUGAUCGGCGCUAA